CUUGGAGCCGGACUCGGCUCAUCUCAGACCAGCCGGCAAGGACUUACAUGGACGGUAAAGCCGUGGGGAUUUUUGCCCCAGCUUUGCAGUAAAGUGAGGAUUUAGCACCAAUGCAAGGACCAGUCAUCCACCCUCUGGCUGCCUAAAAGAGAGAUUGUUUCUGUUUUUCCACUCUCUACCCCCUUCCCCCUCGAAACAUGACUGUACUGUCAGAGGACCAGUCUGCGAGGCCCCAGCCUUGCCGGGUCCCAGCGCCCACGAAGCAUGUCGGCACUACUGUACACCAGGACGUGACAGACUUCACCGGCUCCAAAGAGGACUAUAUGGACAGCGUCGAAAGCGCCGUCUUCGGGUCGGUGGAGCCCCCCAGGCGCUCCCUGGGACGCCUGAUCCUCCACAGCUUGGUCAUGUUCGGAAGGGAAUUCUGCUAUGCCGUGGAGGCGGCCUUCGUCACGCCGGUGCUGCUGAGCGUUGGCCUGCCCCGCAGUAUGUACAGCCUGGUGUGGCUGAUAAGCCCCAUUCUGGGCUUCCUGCUCCAGCCUAUCAUCGGAUCGGCCAGCGACUACUGCCGGUCCCCGUGGGGGCGGCGGAGACCAUACAUCCUCACACUGGGCCUUCUUAUGCUGGUGGGGAUCACCAUGUUCCUCAACGGAGAUCUUGCCAUCUCAGCACUGGUCAGCGACAGGUCUCUGAGGACCACCUGGGCCAUCAUCGUGGUGAUGCUCGGCGUGGUUCUGUUCGACUUUGCCGCCGACUUCAUCGACGGGCCCAUCAAGGCUUAUCUGUUUGACGUGUGCUCGUAUCAAGACAAGGAACGAGGGCUCCACUACCAUGCUCUGCUCACAGGUCUUGGCGGAGCCUUCGGCUACCUCGUGGGAGCGAUGGACUGGGGUCAUUCCUUACUGGGUCAGCUGCUGGGAUCUGAGUACCAGGUCAUCUACUUCUUCUCUGCACUCACCUGGAGCGUCUUCCUCAUCGUGCACCUCUUCAGCAUUCCCGAGCAACCGCUGGCUGCAACCGAUGCCCACGGCCCCUCGGCUCUCAGCGCCCUUCGUCAGCUCGGGUCCCAACAUAACGGCUACGGAACGCUGUCCAAGGACUCUAUGGACCCUGUGGUCGCAGACGUCAGGCAGAGGUCCUUCUCUGCUCUCGGGGAGGCCAACGCUGUGACCUCCAGUGCCAAACAGCCAAACAAGGAGGCUGGUGAGAGGAUGACACUUAAAUCUCUGACAACAACCAUCAUCAACAUGCCGAAUCAUUACCGCUACCUGUGCAUCAGUCACCUGCUGGGGUGGACGGCGUUCCUCUGCAAUAUGCUCUUCUUCACCGACUUCAUGGGACAGAUUGUCUACAUGGGGAAUCCAUACGCUGAGCACAAUUCCACAGCCUAUGCCACGUACGAGAGAGGAGUGGAAGUGGGCUGCUGGGGUUUGUGCAUCAAUGCAGUGUCCUCGUCUCUUUUCUCCUACGUGCAGCGUUUCCUGCUGCCGCACAUCGGCCUGAAGGGAUUGUACUUCCUGGGCUAUUUCGUGUUCGGCAUGGGCACCAGCCUGAUCGGCCUCUUCCCCAACGUCAUCGCCACGCUGAUCCUGUGCAGCGUCUUUGGGGUCAUGUCCAGCACUCUCUACACCAUCCCCUUCAACCUCAUUGCCGAGUAUCAGCGGGAGGAGGAGGAGGAAAUAAAGCGAAGAGGGGGCGACGAAACCCCGCGAGGGACAGGCGUGGACUGCGCGGCGCUCACCUGCAUGGUGCAGCUGGCCCAGAUUUUAGUGGGCGCGGGGCUGGGCGCCCUGGUCAACGUGGCGGGAAGCGUGGUGGUCGUGGUGCUCUCCGCCUCCACCGUGUCCCUGCUGGGCUGCACCUUCAUCGCACUCUUUAUAAGAUAUGUGGAAUGAACGCUCCUCGUCCAGGUCUUUGUAAUAUUGUAAUGAUGUUCGUAAAUAAAGAGUCUUUA